GGCGAUGCUGCUUUGUUGUUUGAGGGAACACUCCAUUCACUAGCACAGAAAGGCGGUUCCUGUACGCAAAGGACCAGGGUGUGGACAGUAAGGGUUAGUGACCGACACACUGGGCUUUCUCGUUUGUUCACUUCAGCCAGAGCUGCCGCUUCAACAGGUAGCGCUGCAUCACACCCCUCUCCCAGGGCACUCCUGGUAGGGGACGAAGGAUUCCACUAGCCCGAGGAGAAAGAAGGAACCAGAAUGGAUGACAUCUUCACCCAGUGCAGAGAGGGUAACGCUGUAGCCGUCCGCCUCUGGCUGGACAACACGGAGAACGACCUUAACCAGGGAGAUGAUCACGGAUUCAGUCCACUGCACUGGGCGUGUCGGGAGGGCCGCUCCAAUGUGGUGGACAUGCUCAUCAUGCGAGGAGCCCGCAUCAACGUGAUGAACCGCGGAGACGACACACCACUGCACCUGGCUGCUAGCCACGGACACCGUGACAUUCUGGGCAAGCUGAUCCAGUGCAAAGCAGACACCAAUGCAUCUAACGAACACGGCAACACCCCGCUCCACUACGCCUGCUUCUGGGGCCAUGACUUGGUUGCUGAGGACCUUGUCAAUAACGGUGCUCAGGUGAGCAUCUGUAACAAAUAUGGAGAAACCCCAUUGGACAAAGCUAAGCCACACCUACGUGAGCAUCUGAAAGAAAUGGCUGAGAAGCAAGGACAGAAUCUGGCCAAAGUUCCCUUUAAGGACACCUUCUGGAAGGGCACAACUCGAACACGACCACGCAAUGGCACACUAAACAAACAUGCCGGCAUAGACUAUAAGCAGCUCUCAUUUAUGGCCAAGAUCAAUGAAAAUCACUCAGGAGAGUUAUGGAAAGGACGCUGGCAAGGGACGGAAAUUGUGGUGAAGGUGUUGCAUAUUCGGGAUUGGACCACCAGAAAGAGUCGUGACUUUAAUGAGGAAUACCCCAAGCUGAGAAUCUUCUCCCAUCCCAACGUGUUGCCCAUGUUGGGGGCAUGUCAGUCACCCCCUGCUCCCCACCCAGUCAUCAUCACACACUGGAUGCCAUAUGGCUCCCUUUACAACGUGCUCCAUGAGGGCACCAAUUUUGUGGUGGACCAGAUGCAGGCGGUGAAGUUUGCACUGGAUAUUGCAUGCGGGAUGGCCUUCCUUCACACACUGGAGCCCAUGAUUCCACGUCACUAUCUCAACAGCAAGAGUGUCAUGAUAGAUGAGGACAUGACUGCCAGGAUAAGCAUGGCAGAUGUGAAGUUCUCUUUCCAGUGUCCUGGCAGGAUGUAUUCUCCAGCAUGGAUGGCCCCUGAAGCUCUGCAGAAGAAGCCGGAGGAAAUUAACAGGCGCUCUGCAGACAUGUGGAGCUUUGCUGUUCUGCUCUGGGAACUGGUCACCAGAGAGGUACCGUUCGCUGAUCUCUCCAACAUGGAGAUUGGCAUGAAGGUGGCACUCGAGGGUCUGCGUCCCACCAUCCCGCCUGGCAUCUCGCCCCACAUAUGCAAGCUUAUGAGAAUCUGCAUGAAUGAAGACCCUGCCAAGAGGCCCAAAUUUGACAUGAUCGUGCCCAUCCUGGAAAAGAUGCAAGACAAAUAAAGAGCCCUGGCUGUCCUCUCUACACUCCUUUCUACUACUCCCCUGCGCAUCAACGACCUCCUCACCCUCACCUUCUUCAUAUGCUGAUUGCACCAGUAUUGCCUUAAACCCGCCAUUCACCAAAGUGCUCUGUGUCACUGUAUACUUUUCAGCAAUGAAAGCACGUUUGUACUUUGGACUGUUGAGUGUUAUCCUUGCAAUCUCUUGUACUGUUCCUUGUGAUACACAAUCAGUGAAUUAUUGUGUAUGUCUGUGUGUACGUCUGCUCUCUGUAAGGGAUUUAUGGAGAUAGAUAUGGAACUAUUUAAAUGCCUCUUAAUAGCCAUAAAUCAGUGUGUUGGGGAUGAGGAGCAUGUGACACAGUGAAUGUACUGUAACAACUAAUAUGUACCAUCUAACCACUAGUCCCUUCAUUUCAUUAUCCAUCAUCACUGUCCUUCCUGGGGGGGCAUAUUUCAUCAUUAUUAACUCUGCUCGUGAUGUCUUUCUUUGAACGGUCAAUUUUAAGCCUUGUGAUGUAUGUUACUUAACAUCUAUGGCAAAGGGAGUAUUACUGUACUGACUCCCUGCAAAAAAAUAUAUAUAUAUGCAAAGAAUCUAAAGUAUUUGAUCAAACAUGUUAGCCAUAUUCCCAACUUUUAGCAGUCAUGCAUUAAUUUUAAUGUUUGUGUGUGUGCAAGAGGUGUUUCCUGCCAUAUCGAAGUAUUUUUUGGGGGGGUCUUGUUCUUUAAAAAAAAAAAAAAAAAAAAAAAAAAACCUGAAAGACUUGCAAUAGCUAAUGAUAAUUUAUGCCUUAUCAUGCAACUAGUUACCAAAUAGUGAAAUGCCCAAAGCAUCAAUGCAAACUUCAUUAAUCUAUGACUGCAGUUAUUUUAAUGGUAUGAUUUCAUGUUUUGGUCCAGGCCAGGAGGCAAACUGCAUUUUUCUGCUACAAAUGCAUGACUUUUGCUCUGUCAUUAACUAACCUUAAUUAACUAAAUGUUUCUUCAUGUAUCUAAUCUUCAUUGUUCAUGCUGUGUGCUGAAAUGUAAUGUCCUAAACAAUUUUAUACUGUCUGUAUUCAUAUAUGUAUGUUUUACCUUGGGGGAGAUGCAUCUGCCUACCCAUGAGUGCUUUGUUAUGAACUUCUGCCAACACUACACCUAUACACUAGCGCCACUCUUUCUGCUUUCACUGUCUAAUGUGAGCUUUUCAGUGUUUAAUAAGAGCCAGAGAGAAAAUGAUCAUAAAUGUCCCGUAUAAUUUUCAAAUACAAUAUAUUAGAUCAGUAACAGAUAUUUUCUACUCUAGCUUUAAGUAAACCACAGGUUGUGGAAGGAAACAUCUUUAUCUUUUAAAUUAUCUCGCCAGUUCUUCGUUUCCCGCUGAUAUUUUGAAUAAAACUUUGUGGCCUUUUGUUUAUCUUGUUUUGGAAAUUUUAUUUUUCAAGUAAACAGGAGUUUACAACUGAACAGAAGAACAAGAACAAAUAAAGUGUUUUGGCCUUGCUUAA